CGAAACGUAAUAAAUAUUUUCUAUACAUGACUUGGCGCACCACAUUUGCAAUAUUAAGGGUUAUUUUAGUGGUUCAUUAAGUCUUAUUCAACCAAGAAGUGAAAUUAAACAAGUUGUUUAAAAAAGGGUGCAAGUAUCGAACGAUACCACGUCAGUAAUCGAUACCGAUACCGCUGUUUGUGGUAUCGCUGGUAUCGAAUACCGAGUACUCGGUAUCGCCCAUCCCUAACUACUGCAGAAAGUAAAAGAUAAAAAUAAUGGAAGAAGUGAAGAAAAACAUUAAAACGUUUCUGGAGAUCUUGCAGAUAGGAAAGAGUGAAUCAGUGAUACACUGGGAUGAAUCAAAUUUUAAACGAGCUCAACGAUGGGCACAGUAUGCCGAAGAGGUUUGUUUGUAAUUUUAACUUAAUAUAUGCAUGGAUGCAUAUAGGAAAUUGCAUUCAUCGAUCACCAGUUCACAAUGGAUAUUUUCAAUCCUGAGUGACUUUAACAUACACUUUUUGGAGUAAUGCCCGCUUUUACUUAGAAUAUUGAACAUUAAUAUGAAGAAUGUGUAAAAUUAAUAUGCGAGAUAUGAACACAUGCCUAAAUCACUCUUCUGUAUAGGCUCUGGAAUUACUGGAAAAUUAAAGUGAAAAAGUUUAGCUGUAAGUCUGUAACAACUGUUGGUUACCAAAAUUUCCAUGAUUUCUUGUAUAUAACGACAGUUGCAGUGUCAUCCUCUGAGAAAAUCUGCAUCGCUCUGUUGGAAUUAAAUGUAGGUUAAUUUGCACUAUUAACAAAGGCAAGUGGAUUUACCACUCAAGCAAACCAAUUAGUUAAUUGUUCAAUUUAGAUUACAAAUUGUAAUUUUUCUGUGGUUUUAUAUGCACAAUGUACUCUUUGUCUUGUAAUGUUUUGGUUGGACUUAAUAAUAAGGGACUUAUAUGUUCUGUUGUCCUUACCAUUCAUCUUUAUAAUAUAUUUGUUAAUUGAGCAAAGAAAAGUGCUGCUGGACUCAAAAACAUAUGUGGAACUUCUGUGAACACCAGUACCUUCAAGAUAUUUGGAUGUGCUUUUGGUGAUACCUACGAUUCCACCUCUACCAAAUUCAAUCAUCCUGUCAUAGGUGAAGAUGUAUUUGUCAUAAUUUUGGAUGUAUGCCAUAUGCUAAAGCUUGUCAGAAGUGCUCUUUGGCAUUAUUCUUAGUACAAUUUUCACAUCUGAUAGUGAGAAAUUGAAUGAAUGCUUUUCAGCACCAUUCAUUUGGUUUAUUGUAUUAUUUUGUUUUUUAUUGGUUCAGGUAUAUAGGAAAUUGAAAAAUAAACCAUCCCUUGUGCAAGUUCUUUCAAACUAUAUCAAAGGGACACAAAAAUCUAACCAAGAUACUGUUGGUAUGGAAUUCACCUUCAAUGACUUACAAGACGCUACAGAAACACUACGAAUGGUACUGCUAAAUAAUCCUCAUCUAUCAUCAGCACAGUUUUCACAUGUUCUUGAUCUGUAUCAAGUAGACUUCUUUGCCGAAUUAAAUACAGGCUUAGAAAAAAUAAUCCAGGACACAUAUUCUAUCAGUUGUAGUAAGGGGAUAUUUCUUAUGUUGUCGAGUAUAAAAGACCAACUGUCAGUCGAACAUUCAGUAGAAGGUUAUAAAAGUAUAGGCAGAACAGAAGACACUUGCUUGGAUACCUGUGCUAAAUUGUUGUGGGGGAAAAUUGGAAAUUUAAUGGAAAGUAAGUAACUUUAAAAUCUUUAUUACCAGUCCAUUUUCUGUAAAUUAUUUACACAAUAUUAAAUCAGAGUUAAAUUUAUAGCAUAUUGCAUUCAAAACAACGAUGAAAUAUAUAACAUGCUGAUUCUGAAAAAAAACUUAAAAUGUUCUUGUCCAAAUAAAAAAAUAACACAGUACAGCAUAGAAAAUCCUAUAUAAAAUCCUAUGUACCUAGCUAUAUAGAGGAGAUUUUGUACCAGUUUACAAAGAACAGAACUACCUCAUUUUUUGUUUACAAAGAAAACACUAUAUUAUCUAAAUUAUGUCAAUGGUUACAAUGCAUGUUUUAUAGUGUUCCUGUAUUUAAUACAACACUUAGUAACUACUGGCAUCCCUAUUCAAGCAUGAUGAGUCCUAUUUCACAAUUAUGUGCCAAGCCCAAGGAUCUUUCACCAUAAUGAUUGGUCAUGGCGGUAUUGCCUAUAGACCCAUUGCACUGACGUGACAAAUCCUUAGAGUGUCCUCCAGAUGCUGCCUAACAAUAUCUGUUCAGGUACAACAACCACAUACAGCGCAAAAAUUAACCAUUUUAAUACAAAAUUAUUAUAAAGUUUUACAAAAUUUGCUUUGUUUACAAAAGUUAUAUUAUGCAUAGAUUGCUAAUUUGUCCUCCAGAUGCAUCGUCACCGGCGCGGCGCUGUGACGUCAUGUGCAAUGGGUCUAUUGGCUCUCCGGCAAUUGCCAUAUGAAACUGACAUGCGUGCAUAUCGUAGACUUUGGCAGACCACGUAACUUGCAAUGACCACAGUCACCACUAGAGGUGUGCGUUCGGAUUUCGGAACCAAAAUAUUAAUUUCGGAUCGGAUUGAUAAAGUUGUUUCGGAUCGGAUCGGACUUCGAUAUCCGAAAUAAAAUGAAUUAAUUAUCCACGCAUUAUCACAAGAAUUAAUUAUCCAUGCAUUUAUCAAAGCAUUAUCGCGGUUGUCGCUGCAUUAUUGUUUGAUAUUUCAAUUGGACGUCACUUUGUCAGCUUCUUGACAUGUAUUUCUUGCUUUUAUAUUUAUUUGGUUAAAUAUUUCAACUUGAAUGAGAAAUUUAUUUUAUUAAAGAAUUCUUCGGAUCGGAUUGGAAUUCUUUAUCAAAGCUCGGAUCGGAUUAGACAAUUUCGGAUCGGAUUUUAAACAUUAGGCAAUUCUCGGAUUAUAAACGUCCAAUCCGAUCCGAUGCACACCUCUAAUGACCACUAACAAUCUUUUUGGUCAAAGGCGUUGUCUGGACAUGUGGCACAUAAAUAUGAAUCAUCAUGCUUUGAACACAAAUGACUUCAACUAUAUCUUCCACAGUAUCUCUAACUUGUUGGCCGAUGACGUCAUCUUCGAGUAAUCAAGGAGCCACGUUACGACCACUCCUCCUUCCAACUGGACGCCAGUCUCGAAACGUUUGGUCGUGAAGUAAAAAAAUAGUUUACGUCAACCAGAAUUUCAACCAAAUUCAACCAUGUCUGCAUUUGUUACUUUAUAGACGGUGGUUUAAGUGACGAUGGAGUUAUCAAGAAAGUACAAUCAUUAGUUUUGUACAGUGAGAAAGGAAUGGAAGUUGUAUUGAGAAUGUUAGUUCUCCUAAUGAAAGGUGAAAUACCAGUGAAUGCCUCUGGCAAUGGUGGGGCUGUUUUAGAUCAUAUGAAAUAUCAUGUACAUCACUGGAUUGUAGGUAAGCGGUAUGUAUUCAUCAUGAUACUGUAAUACCAAAUGCGAUGAAGAAGUAUUAACAAGAACAAAUAGCAAAGUUUCCAAACUCACUGAAAUGACUGAAUCCUCGUUUCAUUUUAGUUCAUUCGGAACACAAUAUUCUGAUUUAUUGCAGGAUGCAAUUGUUUACUGUCGGUGCAAUAUUUUAUCAACACUUCUAUUGCAUCGACAGUAACUGGUGUGUGAUUGUUCAAAUCUCGCCCACACAAAACAUUCACUCGAAAUUAACAAUUUUAACGACACGCUCGUCGGGCAAAAAAAUAUGUAAUUCAGCAAAAAAUGUUACAUAAUUUUUUGAAAAGUAAUAAUUGUAGGAAAACGUUUGGUAAAUUUACGAAAAUAUUACUGAGAAAAUGUUCAAAAAUUGUUUUUCUAGAUCCCCCAACAAUUUUGGGAAAAUAAAUAUUAAUCAGACGAAUGAAAUGUCCGUCGGGCACUACUUCCGCCACACCCUUUUGGUCGGGCAAAACAAGCUUGCCUGUUCGAGUAGUACAGUCAAUUUUUUUUUCAGAAUGUUCGAAACAUAAUGAAGCAGAUCAUUAUAAAAAAAUGUGGUCUUGUCCAUCAAGUUUGCUUUGCGAAAUGUCGGCGAUGGAUACGUUGUUUUGUGAGAAUUACUUGUCUUUCUUACACUCAUGUGGAGAUGGUUUACUCGGUAUUGGGUAAGUGUACGUCACGCAAAAUGGACUAGACGUCGACUCAUAACAACGGGGCAGCCUAUUCUCCACAAUGCCACACAUUUUUCACCCCAUUUAAUUUCGCCAUGAACAAACAGACGCAAUUGGAAAUCUAAAUUUAGGGGCAAAGCAUUGAUGUGUGUGGGCAGGUUGUCAUAAGCAUGAUAUUGAAGUCUUCAUGUAAACGCAUUCUUUGACCAGGACGAGUGCAAAUUUGUAUUUUGAAAAUUCGCGAGAAUUCAUGCUAUUGGAGUGAGUAUUGCUGAUUUUCAAUGAAAGGCAAAAUACCAGGAAUCCCUAUAACUCAUUAAUAGACCUUGCCGUUAUUCACUUUUCACCCAAUAGCCUUGUUUUCGUGUCAAAUACUUACUCAUGUUUUGUGCUUAGUAGGGUUGGAAAUUACUUUGUUAUUGAGCCUAAGAACAGCAAGAAUCAAAUUCGUCUAGGAAAACAUGGGAAUACAAUCUUUAUCUGCCCAUGACAGACUAAAAUAAGUUAACAUGGAAAUGAAGCUAUUGGGUAAAAAUCAGAAAUCUGAUUUUUGCCAUAUUUAACAAGGCAGGCACAAUUUUAUUAAAAAUUUGAAUGUUGUAGUCAAAUGUAACGGCUCAGGGCUGUGUAACGGCUUUAAAAUGUCUACCUCUAGAUGUGAUACAGUUGAAGAUCAGACAAGCUAUGGAUCUAGUUAUCGACAUAUCAUUGAAAAGAUUCAAUUAUUAAUACAAGGACCUGAACACGUGUCAGAAUUGUGUAAACAGAAGCUAAAUUUAUGGUCUAUGGAACCUGCAGGAGAAUUGUUGAACACAAGUUCUGAUAUAUCAUUAAAGAACCAAAAACUUAGAGCAAAUCUAUGGAAGAAAAUGUACCAUGAAACUUGUGAAUAAUUUUUUUCCAGAAUUACUGGAGCGUACCAUUAAACACGUAUAGCCUCGACUUCGUUCUUUUGGAAAACACGGACAUUUUGAACAUUAAUGCACAAGACAUGAAAUUAUAGAAUGAAUUCGAGAGUACUGUACAUGUGUUAAUGUUACGCCACACGGCCACAAUACAAUUGUUCUUGAAUGGCUUGUACAGCAAUGGCAAUGCUCUAUUAUUACUUACUCAUUUCGGAUAUGCACGAAUUUUCUUAUUAAUUCAAGUAAUUUACCUGGUAGUUACGAAGUAAUUUUAGGUGCAAACGAAAACCCUGAACAGCUAUUCAAGGAACUAAAUGUUGUUUAUCAGAUGAUGUGGUUUAAUUCACUUUCGUUUGUGAUUACAGUGGAACCUCUAUAUAACCGAGGUUGCGGUCGGUUGGUUCCACGUGACCGUGGUGAAGAGGUUUCGAGACAGUAGCUAGACUGGAGAAUUCACUUUGUUUGUUUUGGUAGCUUUUCGAGUAUAUAGUUUCAAAUUUCCCGGAUCUACACAUAAAACUGUUCGUUGUAUAGAGGUUGUUUCGGGAUUUUUUAUCAGAAUGGUGUCCGGUUAAAAGUUUCAAUAAUAAGGAUUUCAAUCAGUGUUGCAACAGCUAUCAUUUGAAGGCUUUCAGAAAUAUGUGGGAGGGAGAAAUCAGCGGGGGUGCUAUUAUGUGUAUUGGUGUUGCUGUUGUAGCCGCAGCAGUCGUGUGCUAUAACAAACCAAUUGAAUAAUGGGCAAUUUGAUUUGUUUAUCAUUCCGUAUAAUAUAAAUAAACGGUAUUGGACUGCAUACUAAAUAUAUACUACAUAUGCACUAAGACAACAAUCACCACAUACUAUAGUAUGUAAUGACAUUCCCGAAUUACGCUUUAGUUGUCAAGAACAAUAACGAGGCUUCGUGCUAAAUUCGCUAUAGAAACAUUACAACUUUGCACGAAGCCUUAGGAUAUUGUCUGUCUGGGGCAUUUGACCGUAAUUAGGAAAUGGCAUAUUAAUAUGAUCACACCAUAUGAUUGUCAUAUACAAAUUUGUAAUCGAUCAAAUCAGGUACAACCGUUUAAACCGCAUUUGAAAUUUUGCCACAACAGAGUUUUGUGGUUCAGAUAUUAUUUUUAUUUAGACGGCAAAAUGAAGAAACGCAGUGUACACGGCACCAUCGAUGCGUUCACUUAUACGAACAAAGUGUGUCAAUCAAGUGCGACUAUGAUAUAUAUGACAAUCGUAUCGUGAAGGUUUGCGUUAUUAUAUCACCACCAUGUUAAUUAGAAGUUACUAAGUCUACUUAUUCUGCUUUACCAUUGGACAACGUUUACUUAAGGUAGUUCGGAUAAUUCUUUGUUCCUGCAAGCUUUGACCGUACUAGACCAUCGUAUUCAUGUUAAUUUCUACAAUUUAAAAUCUAAUAUACAUGUAUAUGCGUGGAUUCUCUAACUUGAAUGUGAAAUAACUAACCAACUAAUGACAAAAUAAAACAAAAAUAUUGGAUAAACAGCUAACGCUUUCCGAUGUGAUGGUUGACUGUCACCCAAAAACUUUACGGAUGCUAGAAACAAUAUCAAGAAUUAAUAUGUAAAUCCAUGUAAAUCCUGAUGCAUUCUCGUCCCCAGAGCCAUUUUCACUCGGUCACUCAUUGAAAAUUA